AUGGUUCCAACGAUUUUGGUGGUGUUGACUUUGUGUGGGCUUGUACAUAGCUCUGGAUUUCCUCAUGCUCAGCCUCUGGCGGCUGUGGGUCCUUCUGUAGUGACAUCAGCCAGUUCGCAGUACUUCGAGAGAACUUUCAACCGUCUGGUAGCAGCACCCUUGCAACCAGUGAUCCCAGUGGCUCCAGUCGCACCGGCUCCACCAGUGUUCGUUGAGCCAGUGACGCGAACUGUGCCCGCAGUGCCCGUCGCACCGGCUCAAAAUGUGCCAGUCGAGCCAAACGUGGCGAUAGCUGUCGCUACAGCUCACGCCGCGGCACCAGUGGCAACCAUACUUCUGCCGCCGUAUCCGUUCGCACCACCACCAUCGUUCGGAUUUGUGCACCCAAUCGUCGUUCCUGAGCCUUUACCUAAAAAUGUAUCAACACCAAAACCUACGACAGCCUCAGUUCAAACGACUGUAAGGGAACCAGAACCUACGACACCUCUGCCAUCAGGAUCACCUUCAAAUACUGACAACAUAUUCGCUCAAGCGUUGCCUUCAAAUCAGAAUAACAUUAAUCAGGUGUACGGACCGCCGCAGCAGCUACCGUCUGCGAAGCCUCAGAAACUAAGGACUUCAGUGGAAGUAGUUCCUGUACCACUGCGUUACAUCGCUCCACCUCCGAUACCGCAUCAUCAUCACCACCAUCACCAUCAUCACCCAGUGAAGUAUGUGCAUGCUUAUGCGCCAGCGAAACUAAUUAUUCGUCCAGUGAGAGUUCACACAGUUAGAGUGCCUGCAAGGCUGGUGGUGCAUAGAGUACCGGUGCAAGCCAUAAAUGUUGUCCGAAACCAGCAGAAGGUCAUAAGAUCAAGAGUGGGCGAUGCUAGAGACACGGAGCCUACCACCUUCAAGCCCUUCAACAGGCCUAUCACAAAACCUCCUAAAGUAUGA